AUGCCUUCGCGCCGUCCGGACGAAUUUGCCCCGGGACAGGAAGCCCGCUCCGCCAACCUCCCCCACCUCGAUGAGAGCCUCCUUCGGGAGCAGGACGACGACGAUGACGCCAGAUCCUUCGCAUCCACAUCAUCCUCUUCCUCGUCGUCGGAACCACCUCCGGUAUUAGACGAACAAUUCUUGCCACGGAUUCUGGCCCUCUUCUUCACCAUCUUCCACCCUACCGAGGGGCCCAAGGUCGUCUAUCAGGUCCCAGAAGGCAGCGUCACUGCGGAAGAGGUGGGCGAUAAGAGAGCCAAGGGCAGGAGAGCUAGUUCCAGCAAAGGCAAACAGAGGCAAAAGGAGGGCGAAGAGGGACAGGGGCCAUCUUGGUCGCCACUCCUCCACCAUGAACCCCUCUUUGACUUUGACACUCUCAGCGACUACCUCAUCCCCAAGGCAUCACUGUGUGGAAGGCUGAUCACCUGUACCGCUCGCAGUGGGUCUAGUGAUCCCAAGAGCUCACGCAGUCAAAAUCGCUCAAGAAGUCGUCCAAGAGAACAGUCAGGCAGGUCGGCCAGUCGGACUGGCAAGUCUCCUCAUCGACCUAGCAAAGGCAGCACCGCCGCGCCGCCUCGGCACUACAAGGUCGUUUCCCAUCCUGUCCUCUUGCAAGACUCUGCAAAGUACGAAAGGAACACCUUCAUUUUCAACCUGGCAUUCGUAUUUGAUGGAAAGGCCGAUGUAAAGAGCUAUGAGCCCGUGAUACGAAAGUGCGCUCGCUCGCUGAAAGGACUUGAGGAGUCAUCGUCCUUCCUCUCAUCGCCAAAAUCUCAGAUGAGGAUGUACGACGUGGUCGAACAAUUAUUUCAGGACCUCAAUACCUACUGCGAGGCCUUCGUCCCCCUUCCCGAAGGCCAUUCCGUCAAUUAUGAGAGCAGGCCAGGACGUCUUGGCUCUGACAGUCAACUACCUAGCUUCAGGGGCCCUCGCUCGUGGUCUCAGUCCAUGUCUUUGAGUCGCAAGAACUCUGUGAAGCGACAGAUGGAGGCUGCUCGUGGUCUCUCGAACACGGCAGAGAGCUCUCUCGACCCCGCAAAGAAUGCGCAAUUGGAGGAGAAGGAUCAAAUCGAUCCGAAGGAUGCUGAAGGAGCUUUGGAGGCGGCAAGGUUAGACCUUAAUCUACAGAUGUCGCCACUACCUCCGGUCUCAACUCCCAGCGAGGGUAUUCCAGCGCCUUCACCUCUUCCACCCACAACUUUGUCGACUGCUCCACUGACUUCCCCGCCGCCAGAUUCGAAUUUCAUCGAUUUGGUCUCUUCCAGGCGUUCAUCCGCGACCGGCAGUAUCAACGGCGCCUCGAUUGCUGCUGAAAUUAGGAGGCCAAUGCCCUCGAGAAGCAAGACCACGUCAACGAUCGCGGUCAACGAAGCCUCAGCUAGCGCUACCAACUCUAGGAGACCGUCGGACGGUACCGAGGCAGAGGAGGUUUCUUCCCGCAAAGCAAGCAUCGCAUCUACUUCUUCCCGAGCCAACGGGAAGACCGCCCCGGUGACACGACAUUGGAGCGCUCCCGACGGGUUGUCACAGUCGAGCGAUCAUGGGGUGAUGGCCGACCUCAGCUCAUCUCUUGCUUCACUGCGGGUGAUACAGGAGUCAGGAAGCACGGCUCAGGCGAGCGAGGAUCAUCUUCCCUUGGUGGCCAGACCCGUACUGCCGCGAUUGGGUCAACGUGAAGCACCUCAUGGUCUGGGAAGGACGGUCAGAGACGCUAUCAACCUGAAGCUCUUCCCAACCUACCCGAAUCCACCUCCCGUCAGCGACUGGGAUGUACCCGUCUCCCUGCUGGAUCUAGGCAGACGAGCCGGCGGCGACUCCUCGAACUGGGAUCUGACAAUGGCGAGGGUGUACCCCUUCAUCAAUGGUAUCAGUCACGUAAAACGGAUCGCUCAGCUGGCAGAUGCUGAUCUGGAGCUGACGAGACAAUGCAUGGAGCAUUUGCUUUACUAUGGAUGUGUGCUGAUGGUCGACAUCUUCCAAUUCUUCAACAUCUACACACUCCGCCCUGCCAUUGCUGCCAUGGCCGAUGACCCUGCUAUUCAAGCAGAGUGUGGUCCCUACGUUACCCGUCCUGGUCACGUCAUACCCGCUUGGCCAACCUUGCUCAGCCUGUACACAGCUCUUCGCCCCGGUGUCAUCCUUGAUGCCUGGAUCGAGGACAGAGACGUCGAGUCGCUGGGCAUCGAUGUGAGGCGAUUCGUGACAUUUGGUAUCAUCAAGGGCUUCGUCAAGAGGGUACAUCGAUAUCCUUUCCUGAUCGGUGGGCUUGAUAGCCUCGGCGGCGUUGUGCGGAGUCCUGGAGAGUUUCCAGAGGUCUCUGGGAUCCUACUGCGAGAGCCACCGGCCCUACGAUCAGGACUGGGGCCGGCCGAGCGGAUGGAUACAAAAGGCAAAGGCUCUCUCGGUAAGCGGUUUGGGACUUUGGAGAGCUAUGACAAGGCGAGCUUUGCUUCGAAAGACACCCAGCUACUUGCAGCAGAAUCGAAUGGUCUCAACGCCUCACUGUCCACACCAGAGCGACCGCCUGCCUCGGCUCGCCAAGCCUCAGAGGCCGCAUCGCUACGCACCAUUACUGGUCCUUCGACGACCACCACGUCUGCAUCGCAAAGCACACAGAAGCAACAGCAACAUCCGGUUGUUCCAGUCAACAAGAGGUCCAAGCGUCCUCAUACCCCAGUACGUCACCCCACGACGACAGUCGCCGAUGCUGCAAAUGCCGCCUUUGAGGAUCCGGGCAGAAAGGAGGAAGUCAAGAGUCAUGCUUCGGGCACGCGACCAUCCAAGUCAAUCCUGCUGUCUUCCGGCAGCGGAGGCGACGAUCAAGCCAAUCGAAGCGGCUUCUGGGGUUCAGGAAUUACCCUUACUCCGUCCGCAUAUCAGUACCCAGACACUCCCACAACAGCAAGGGGUCAAAGAAGAGAUUCCCAGUACUUUGCGUCAUCCGCACACGGUGCUCCCAAUGGUGGCAUGUUCAUACCACCUGAAUUGCCCGAGUACCUCGACGGAACACACUGUGAAGACGAGCUCUGUGUCAAGUUUGGCCUGUCCUGGCCUCAGCUCAGGAGAAUCCUGAUUCACAUCGGCAGAGCUACUGCCUGGAGCAGCCUCAAUGAUGUCGGUCCUGGUGCUGGGAUGAGCGGACUUCAGGCUGCAGGUAGUGGUACUCGAGGAUCUCACCAAGAGGAAUGGCUUAUGGAAACGCCAGCAUUUGGCAAUGCCUCUGGAUUUGCUGGUCAGAGCGGCUUUGCUGGCCAGAGUGGAUUCGGUGCCUCUGCUUGGCAGACUUCCCACCUCGCUGGAGGGACAGCAGGUGUCGGAGCGUCUGGACCAAGGCCUCGUCGGCCUUCACUUUCCGGUGUGCCUAGUGGCUCAGAUGGUGGCAUAAGAGGAUUGUCGUCUGGCGGAGGUGGUCUCGGAAGCAGUCGCAAGGUGGGCAGUCAGUCCAACCUCGGUGGUCGGCGCCGCUCUUCUGCCGACUUUGGGGGCGCUUCAUCAGGACAGGGAACGGUGAUGCCACCUUCUUGGACACAUCAGCUGGAGCAUUUGGAAAUUGAAGCCGAGGAGGAGGAGCUGGAGAAGAAGGGCGACUUUGGCGGCAUUGUCCUUCUGACUGUGUAA